UAGGUCUCCCACACACACACACACAUGUACGCACAGAGAAAAAUGCCUAAGUGGUGCGUAAUUUUCGUGCUUGUUUCAGUUGUAGUUCAUGCAAAUGCACGCGGGAUGCCUAGUGAUGGUGGUGAUCAUGCUCAUGACGACCACACACUACUAGUGCAUGCCAGUGCACCGGAGGCAGAGUCACCAAACGCCGAGGGCCUUGACGACAAGAAGAAUUUUGUAUACGGAGGUGUUGGAGGAUUUGCAGGGAUGGGUGGUUUUGCGGGCAUUAAUGGGGGUGUGCUCCCAGUCCUUGGUGGCAUCGGUGCAGGAAUUGGCAAGGUUGGUGGAAUAGGUGGGGUUGGGGGGAUAGGUGGGUACAGUGGCAUUGGGGGUCUCGGUAGUGCAGGCGGUCUGGGUGGUGGAGUUGGUACUGGCGGCGGCGGCGGUGGUGGCGGAGCCGGUGGUGGCGGUUCAGGUGACGGAGUUGGCGGCGCCGGUGGUCUGGGUGGUGCUGGUGGGCUUGCUGGCGGCCAUGGUGGCCUUUUCCCAAGUAGUCCUUAAGUCAUGUCAUCGUUAACGAUUUUCCAAUAAUUGGUUCACUGCGUAGGGUACAGGCCGUGCGUACUUACGUACGUAUGUGGUCUUUGUUUCUGUGUUUUUAUGCUUUUUUUUUGGGGGGGGGGGGGGGGUGGGUUACUAGUGUACGUACCUUCCCUGUGGUCGUACCUUUAGCUGACUCUUAUGAUCGGAGCUCCGAUGAUUGUGAUCAGUAGUUGUGCCUGUCGUUGCUGAUUUUAAUUUUCACGUCUUAGUUCUAAUUAUUGCUAUCAUUGAAGUAAUUUGGAGUUAGUGUAACUUGUGUGUUUCAUCA